CGUCAUCAAACCCCUGAAACCUUUUCGCGACUUCCAUUCCGGUGCUAGUACGAGUUAGAGCAUUCAAUUCGCUAUAUAUAACCGGAAUUCAAGGCAUCCAUCCACCAUUAAUGGCGGAGCCUCUCCUCUCCAUCGGCCCCCGGCUCGAAUCCCUACCGGAUUCCUACAUCCGGCCGGAAUCCCAACGACCCGACUUCGCCGCCGUCGAGAUCGACCGAAACAUCCCCAUCGUCGACCUCGGAUCUCCCGACAAAUCCCAAAUCGCCGCCCAAGUAGGUCAAGCCUGCCAAUCCUACGGGUUCUUUCAGGUCGUAAAUCACGGUGUUUCAGCCGAAUUGAUUGGGGAGAUGCUAGCCAUUGCGGCGGAUUUCUUCCGCCUUCCGGCGGAGGAGAAGCUGAGGCUGUACUCCGACGAUCCGGCAAAAAAGGUGAGGUUGUCGACAAGCUUCAAUGUGAAGAAGGAGGAGGUGCACAACUGGAGGGAUUAUCUUCGGCUUCACUGUCAUCCCCUUGAAGAGUACUCCGCCGCCUGGCCGUCCAAACCCUUGGCCUUCAGGGAGGUGGUGAGCAAAUACUGCACGGAAGUUCGCCGGCUCGGCUUCAUCCUCCUCGGCUUUGUGUCUCUCAGCCUCGGCCUGGAGCAGGAUUAUAUAAAGACAGCACUAGGCGAUCAAGAGCAGCACAUGGCCAUCAACUACUACCCUCCCUGUCCCCAACCGGAGCUCACAUAUGGUCUCCCAUCCCACACUGAUCCCAACGCCCUCACCAUUCUCCUCCAAGACCCUGUCGUCCCCGGCCUUCAAGUCCUCCGAGCCGGCAAGUGGAUCGCCGUCCAACCCCAUCCCGACGCCUUUGUCGUCAACAUCGGCGACCAGCUGCAGGCAUUGAGCAAUGCUAAAUACAAAAGUGUUAGGCAUAGAGCAGUGGUGAACUCGGAGAAGGAGAGAAUAUCAGUGGCUUCCUUCCUCUGCCCGUGCAACCGUGCGGUGAUCGCACCGGCGGAAUGGCUCGUAGCGGCAGAGUCGCCGGCGAUCUACCGGAGCUUCACCUACGAUGAGUAUUUCAAGACGUUUUGGACGAGGAAUUUGGAUCAGGAGCACUGCUUGGAGCUUUUUAGGAAUAAGUAAGUAGCUGUGUUCAUCUUAUUGCCCAUUUUGUCUAAUUUAAAUCUCUUAAUUGCAAUGUAUAAUCAUUUAUGGUUUAUCAUGUAAGAAAGUGAUUGCUGAUGUUGUAAUUUUCUUAAGAGUGGUAUUAUAUUAGCGAAUAAUGUUGCCUAGCAAUCAAAUUAAU